UGCACAGCGGGAGCUGGUGUAGUGGCUCCUCUCUGGGGCUGGAAGGAUUCAGUGACCUAUGAUGAUGUGAAUAUCAUCUUUACUCGGGAAGAGUGGGCCUUGCUGGAUUCUUCCCAGAAGAGUCUCUAUGAAGAUGUGAUGCUGGAGACCUACAAGAACCUCACUGCUAUUGGCUAUAAUUGGGAAGAGCAAACUACUGAAGAGCAUUGUCAACAUUCUAGAAGACAUGGAAGGCAUGAAAGAAGUCAUCAUGGAGAGAAACCAUAUGAAGGUAUUCAAUAUGGAGAAGCCUUUGCACAUCACAGUAGUCUCCAAAUACAGACAAGAACAUAUACUGGAGAGAAAUUCUAUGAGUAUAGCCAAUGUGAUAAAGACUUUGCAUGUCACAGUAGUCUCCGAGUUCAAAAGAGAACAUGUACUGGAGAGAAACCCUACAAAUGUAAUCACAGUGAUAAGUUCUCUUCUCAAUACAGUCAUCACAGAAAACAUAAAAGAACAAGUGCUAGAGAGAAAUUCUAUGAAUGUAACCAGUGCGACAAAGCCUUUGCGUGUAAUGGUCAUCUCCUAAGACAUAGAAGAACACAUACUGGAGAGAAACCCUAUGAAUGCAACCAAUGUACUAAAGCUUUUACAUGUCACAGCAGUCUCCAAAUACAUAAAAGAACACAUACCGGAGAGAAACCCUAUGAAUGUAAUCAAUGUGGUAAAGCUUUUGCAUUUGCCAGCAGUCUCCGAAUACAUAAAAGAAAACAUACAGGAGAGAAACCCUAUGAAUGUAAUCAAUGUGGUAAAGCUUUUGCAUGUCCCAGCAGUCUCCGAAUACAUAAAAGAAAACAUACAGGAGAGAAACCCUAUGAAUGUAAUCAAUGUGGCAAAGCCUUUUCAUGUCAUGGUAAUCUCCUCAGACAUAAACGAACACAUACUGGAGAGAAACCCUAUGAAUGUAACCAGUGUGGUAAAGCCUUUGCCCAGAACUCUCAUCUCCUAAGCCAUAAAAAAAUACAUACUGGAGAGAAACUCUAUGAUGGUAAAGAGUGUGGUAAAGCCCUUUCACGGCACAGUAGUCUCCCAAUACAUAAAAAACACAUACCAGAGAGAAACCCUAUGAAUGUAAUCACUGUGGUAGAUCCUUUGAAUAUCAUGGUCAUCUCCUAAGACAUGAAAGAACACAUACUGGAGAGAAACCCUACGAAUGUAACCAGUGUG